AUGACCACCGAGGCCAACGAAUGCAGCAUCAAGGUGCUCUGCAGGUUCCGGCCUUUGAACCAGUCCGAGAUCAUUCGUGGAGAUAAAUUCAUCCCGGUUUUCCAGGGGGACGACACCGUCAUCAUUGGGGGCAAGCCAUAUGCUUUUGACCGUGUCUUCCCACCCAACACCACCCAGGAACAAGUUUACCAUGCCUGCGCCAUGCAGAUUGUCAAAGAUGUGUUGGCUGGGUACAACGGCACCAUUUUUGCCUACGGGCAGACAUCCUCAGGAAAGACUCACACCAUGGAGGGUAAGCUGCAUGACCCCCAGCUCAUGGGUAUUAUCCCACGCAUUGCCCGGGAUAUCUUCAACCAUAUCUAUUCCAUGGAUGAGAACCUCGAAUUCCACAUAAAGGUUUCCUACUUUGAAAUCUACCUGGACAAAAUCCGUGAUCUGCUAGAUGUGACCAAGACCAAUCUCUCGGUUCAUGAGGACAAGAACCGGGUGCCGUUUGUGAAGGGCUGCACUGAACGUUUUGUGUCCAGCCCUGAAGAAAUCCUGGACGUCAUCGAUGAGGGAAAAUCCAACCGUCAUGUGGCUGUCACCAAUAUGAACGAGCACAGCUCUCGCAGCCAUAGCAUCUUCCUCAUCAACAUCAAACAGGAAAACAUGGAGACGGAACAGAAACUGAGUGGGAAGCUUUAUCUGGUGGACCUGGCGGGCAGCGAGAAGGUCAGCAAGACAGGAGCUGAGGGGGCUGUGCUGGAUGAGGCCAAGAACAUCAACAAGUCCCUGUCGGCUCUCGGCAACGUCAUCUCAGCUUUGGCGGAGGGCACGAAGAGCUAUGUUCCCUAUCGAGACAGCAAGAUGACGCGUAUCCUGCAGGACUCCCUUGGAGGAAACUGUCGGACGACCAUGUUCAUCUGCUGUUCGCCCUCCAGCUACAACGAUGCCGAGACCAAAUCUACUCUCAUGUUUGGACAGCGGGCCAAGACAAUCAAGAAUACAGCCUCUGUGAACCUGGAGUUGACAGCUGAGCAGUGGAAGAAGAAGUUUGAGAAAGAGAAGGAGAAGAACAAGACCCUCAAGGAGACAAUCGUCAAGCUGGAGGCUGAGCUAGGGCGCUGGCGCAAUGGAGAGAACGUCCCGGAGACGGAGCAGCUGAGCGAUGAGGAGAAGGCGGUGGCUGACACCUGUGACGAGACGCCCAUCAACGACAACAAUUCCUCCAUCGUCAUCCGGAUUUCGGACGAAGAGCGGCACAAGUACGAGGAGGAGAUCCGCAAACUCUACAAGCAGCUUGACGACAAGGAUGAUGAGAUCAACCAACAGAGCCAGCUGAUGGAGAAGCUCAAGGAGCAGAUGCUGGAUCAGGAAGAGCUGCUAGUGUCAACUCGUGGGGACAACGAGAAGGUGCAGAGAGAGCUGAGCCACCUACAGUCCGAGAACGACUCCGCCAAGGAGGAAGUGAAGGAGGUGCUGCAAGCUCUAGAGGAGUUGGCUGUCAACUAUGACCAGAAAUCCCAGGAGGUGGAAGAGAAAAACCAGGAGAACCAGCUGUUGGUGGAUGAGCUGUCCCAGAAAGUGGCCAACAUGCUAUCCUUGGAGUCAGAGUUGCAACGGCUGCAGGAAUUCAGUGCGCAUCAGCGCAAGCGUAUUGCUGAAGUGCUCAAUGGGCUCAUGAAGGAUCUAAGCGAGUUCAGCGUCAUUGUGGGCAACGGGGAGAUCAAGCUGCCGGUAGAGAUUAGCGGUGCCAUUGAGGAGGAGUUCACCGUUGCCCGUCUCUACAUCAGCAAGAUAAAGUCAGAAGUGAAGUCCGUUGUGAAGCGAUGCAGGCAGCUGGAGGGGCUGCAAGUCGAGUGUCACCGCAAGAUGGAGGUGACAGGGCGUGAACUGUCUUCCUGCCAGCUUCUCAUCUCUCAGCACGAAGCAAAAAUCCGCUCACUCACUGAAUACAUGCAGAGUGUGGAGCUGAAGAAACGGCAUCUGGAGGAAUCCUAUGACACUCUGAGCGAAGAGUUGGCUAAGCUUCAGGCCCAAGAGACUGUACAUGAAGUGGCCAAGGAGCAGGACCAGAUCCAAGAUACAGAUGAAGUCAAAAAGGCCCUGGAAGUGCAACUGGAGAGUCACCGCGAGGCCCACCACAAGCAGCUGGCGCGGCUGCGAGAUGAAAUCAACCAGAAGCAGAAAAUCAUUGAUGAGCUCAAGGACUUGAACCAGAAGUUAGAGCUCGAACUGGAGAAGCUUCGUGCCGACUAUGAGAAACUCAAGAGCGAGGAGCUGGAGAAGUCACAGAAGCUGCAGGAGCUGACAUUUCUGUACGAGCGGCAUGAGCAGUCCAAGCAGGACCUCAAAGGGCUGGAGGAGACUGUGGCCCGUGAACUCCAGACCCUCCACAACCUUCGCAAGCUGUUCGUUCAAGACGUCACGACUCGAGUUAAGAAAAGCGCGGAGCUGGAACCCGAGGAUAGCGGGGGGGCUCAUUCCCAGAAACAGAAGAUUUCCUUUCUUGAGAACAACCUGGAGCAACUUACAAAAGUUCACAAACAGCUGGAUCGCUGGGUCUCCAAGUUGGUUCGUGACAAUGCAGAUCUGCGUUGUGAGCUUCCUAAACUGGAGAAACGUCUUCGGGCUACGGCUGAGAGAGUUAAGGCCCUGGAGGGUGCACUGAAGGAAGCGAAAGAGGGUGCUAUGAAAGACAAGCGCCGCUAUCAACAGGAGGUGGACCGCAUCAAGGAGGCGGUGCGCUACAAGAACAGCAUGAAGCGCAACCACUCUGCGCAAAUUGCCAAGCCAGUACGGCCAGGGCACUACCCAGCUUCAUCCCCCACCAAUCCCUAUGGAGUCCGCAACCCGGAAUGCACCAGCUACACCAAUACUCUCUUCCAAAACUAUCAGAAUGUCUACCUGCAGAAUGCUGGCAGCAACGUGCCCGACAGCUACUUUACCAAUGCCUCUUCCAGCAGUGGAAGCAGCUCCUCCAGUGCCCCUCUGACCUCCUACCAGAAGCUGAAUGUGGACAACGGGAAUGCCACAGACAUCAAUGACAACAGAAGCGACCUGCCUUGCGGCAUUGAAGCCGAUGAACAAGCCAAGCUUUUCCCCCUGCAUCAGGAGACGGCAGCCAGCUAA